AUUGUUUAAACUUUUUCUAUUUCCAUUUGUUAAUUAUUAUUACUUAAUUAUUUUUAUUUCGAUUUUUAAUUUCUGUUUCUCACUCAUCUCCGGUCAAUUAAAUUGGUGUUUAUAUUAUCUUGGUUUCAUCGUAUCUCAUUUGAAAGGCUUCACCAUUUUUCUUCAUCUCUUUAUUUAUCUAUAAUUUUUUUUUCUCUUCUGUUUUGUUGUUCAGUAAUUUUUGUUUUCUGUUUUUUCUGAGAGAUUUAGUUUUUAAUUUCUCUUGGACGAAUACGAUUUUGAUUCGUUAAUGAUGUCGAGUAACAAGAGAAAACGUCGUGAUCGAUCACCAAGCUUGUCAAAUGAUUCCAAAGAGAAUAUUGAUUUUGAUGAGGAUGAUGAUGAUUCUCAACCUCUUCAUGCUGAUGCUCAUCAUUCAGACGAUUCACUUGAUAUGGAUAUAAGUCCAAUCGCUGAGACUGGUUUUCUUAACACUCAAGACAAUUCAAAUUUCAUUGAAUGUGGUGUUGUUAAAUCUCUUAAAUUAGUCAACUUUAUGUGCCAUGGCCAUUUUGCUAUCGACUUUGGUCCAAGAAUUAAUUUCGUUGUCGGUCGUAAUGGAAGUGGUAAAAGUGCUAUAUUAACUGCAAUCGUUCUUGCUCUCGGUGGUAGAUCUCAUCACACUAGUCGUGGACAAAGUUUAAAAUCUUUUAUCAAAACUGGCGAAACAAGAGCCAAAAUCGUUAUUAAACUCAACAAUUUCAAUGGCAUCGAUAAAAGUUCAAGUUUUAAAUACGAAGAAUAUGGUGACACUAUUUGGAUAGAGCGACUUCUCAAAUUAGAUGGCUCUUCAGUCUAUUCACUCAAAAGUAAAAACGGUAAACUAAUUACCAACAAAAAGUGUGAACUUGACAGUAUUGUUAAACAUUUCAACAUUCAAAUUGAUAAUCCUAUUGUGGUUUUGAACCAAGAAGUGAGCAGAAAUUUUCUCAACUCUAAAAAUCCCAAAGACAAGUACAAUUUUUUCAUGAAAGCUACCCAGUUGGAAGACAUUUUGAGUGAUUACGCUUACGCCGCUGAGAAAACAUCUUUAACCGAAAUUGAAUUAGACAAGAAAAAGAAAGUUUUAAAAGAUGUUGCGUGCGAACUUGAUGAAUUAAAGAAAAAAGUUGCUCUCUUAGAGAAAUUAGAUGACCAGAAUAACAAACUUUCCUCACUUGAUGACGAACUGCUUUGGGCAUUGGUAAAAGAAAAGGAGAAUGAAUUUGAUGUGCUUAAAAACGAAGUCGAAAAUCAUCAUAGAAAAAUUGAAGAUGCUCAAGUUACCAUUGAUAAAUUGGAAAAGAAAUAUGAAAAAUACACAAAAGAUAAAGAGGAAACUCAAGUUGAACUGGACAACACUGGAGCCAAAGUUAUCGAAUUCAAAGGAAAAAUUGAAGAAAAAGUAAAGAUCAUAAACGAGCUUAAAGAGAAAAAGACUGGCCUAUCCGUUGAAUGUACCAAGAUAAAAAACGAGAUUGAAGAUAAGAGUAAAGAUGAGAAGCAUCUUGAAAGAAAGAUCAAUGAAUUAAAGAGACAAUUCGGUGACUUGGAUAAAGUGGAAAGAGAAAGACAAGUCAAAGCUGAACAAAUAGCUAAAUUAGAGGAAGAAGAUCAACAGUUAAAAGCUGAAAUCAGAACUCGUAAAUUACAUAAAGAGCAAUUAAUUGGUUCUAUUUCUGAGAUGGAGAAGAAAAUCUUUGGAUGUAGAAAUGAAAUAGAUACGAUUAAAUCUUCAAUCAGCAAAAAGAAACAAAGUAUCAUGCAAGCUAAUUCCAGUGCAGAUAAUCAAUUGUUACGAUUUGGUGCUCAUAUGCCCCAUUUGUUGAAACUAAUUGACAUCGCUGCUCGUGAUGGGAAAUUUAUCAAAAAACCUUUAGGUCCAAUCGGUCAUUUAAUUAAACUCAAAGAUCCAAGUGCUGCCUUGGCUGUUGAAUCUUGUAUAAAGGGACUGGUCAAUGCUUUUUGUUGUGAUAAUCAAGAUGAUGCUGUUACCCUUUCCCAACUAUUCAAGACAAUUCCGAGUAAUAUGAGACCACCCAUGAUAAUUACAAGAAAGUUCACCCGACUACAUGAUGUCUCCUCUAAUUGUAUUCGUAGUGAUAGAUACAAGUCCAUCUUGGAACUUCUCGACAUUGAUCAUCCACCAGUUGCCAAUGUUUUAAUUGACAGAUCAAAUAUUGAAUCGAUAGUUUAUGUUGCCAAUGAACAAGAAGCUCUCGAUAUAAUGACAAAUGAAGAUAAAUUACCUUUCAAUUGUAAUCAAGCUUACACCAAAUUUGGAACCAACAUGUACCCAAUCAAAAGGAAUCAGUUUUUCAAAUCUUAUGCACCAAACUACAAUCAGCCAAAAUACUUGACCAGAGAUAUUACUGCUUAUAUCAAUUCACUGGAGGCCGAAGUAUAUGAAUUGAACAACAAAUGGGAAACAAAGACAAAAGAACUGCAACCAUUGGAACAAAAUCUCCGAGAAAAUAAAACUGACCUAGAAGAGACUACUUCCAAAAUAAGAAAGAUGAAUGAUCGAAUUAAUGAAAUCGCUCGAGAACUUGAAGAAUGGAAAAACACUGAAGAACCAACACCAGUCGAAAUAUCUGUUUUCGAGGAAGAACUUGAUACCGUUCGAUCAAUUAAGAAGAUUAAAAUGGAAAAACUCACCGAACUAAUCGAAAAUUACAAUGAAAUCAAAACAUCCAUUGAAGAAAUCAACGGAAAACUUUCAACUCUACAAGAAGAAAAGACUCGUUUGUGCCAUGAAGAACGACCAUUGAAAGAAAAGAUGAAAUCUUUGGAAGAUUCACUUACCAGUGUUGAUCGUAAUCUUACUCGUUUCAGAGACAAUUUAACCAAUUUAAACAGUGAAGUUAAGGAAUUACAAAAGGCUGAAAAUGAGCUCGAGAAAAAUGUACAAAACAUGAGACAAAAAGCUUUGAAAAAGUCAGAUAAAGAGAUAAGAACAUCCAGAUCUCCAAAUGAAGUGAAAAGAGAAAUUGCUGAUAUAAAAAAAUUCAUGGAAGAACAAGAAAGAGAAAUUGGUGAUCGAGAUAAGAUUGUUAAACAAUAUAAUGACCGAAUUGAAGCUCAUGAACGUGUUUUGGAUCAAGUGAAAACUUUCGAAGAGCUUCUUGAAGAGUUUGGAGCCUCAACUCGAAUGCGACUUGAUAAGUAUCGCCGAUUACGAAAACAAAUCACUGAGAAAGCUUGUCAAGUGUUCAAAAUAGCUCUUGAACAACUUAACUUUUCCGGUACUCUUGAUAUAAUUCAUGACGAUUGUGUCAUUGAUGGAGCUCAAAAGAAAGCAAAAACAUUGGAAAUUAAAAUUAAUCCUAAAGUUAUGGUUAAUUCAAAUGUUUACAAAGAUACCCGAAGUCUUUCAGGAGGUGAAAGGUCAUACGGAACAGUUGCUUUUCUAAUCGCUCUAUGGGAAUCAUGUAAUUCACCUUUCCGAAUACUCGAUGAAGUUGAUGUCUUCAUGGAUGUUGUUACUCGGUCCACUGCUAUGCAAAUUCUGGUAGAAAAUGCAAAGAUGAAACAAGGAAAACAAUAUAUUUUUUUGUCCCCACUUGGGGUACCUGUUGAUGAGGAGUUUGUACAUGUCCACCAAAUGCCUGAUCCUGUGCGAGGAAUCAACAGUCGCGACUUGGACACUUAACUUUUUUCCCUUCUUCCUCCCCUCCUCUUUUUUCUUAUUUGAUUACAUGAAUUUUUUUCCAAUAUGAUGUUACAUUGACAAAUAAAUCCAAUUAUUUUUUUGAAUUUAGAAAUAUUUUUCCAAUAUUAAAUUAAUCCAUUUAGCGGUAGCAUUUGUAUAGAUAUUAAUUGUUUACAGUGGAAGCAAUUAAACUGAUGAAUUGAA